ACGAACGAAGCACAUUGCACUGCUUAAUUAUUAUGCAGUCAGAGCGAGUCAAUAAGCACCAGCGCGCUCCCGGGUUGAGACACCUCGCCUCGUCCCCGAUCGGAGUCCAGUCUCCCGGCGUCUCGCGCAGGUGACAGGCGCAGGUGCACGCUUUGCUCGUCUCCUUCGUGUUUUUCUCGGUUCCUUGCGCGUUUUGGACGAUCCCCGGCGGAUGCUCUAAUCUCGUCGCCGCGUCCUCGUCUCUCCCUUUCCUCCGAUCGUGUUUGCCGGGGUGAGGUGAGGCUGGACCGGAUCGGGGAACAAUCGGCUCCUCACCAUGGCCGGAGAAACGGAGGCGACCGACAACAAGCUGCUCCAAGACGUCUUAACCAGACCUGGGAACGAGACGUGCGCGGAUUGCGGUAAUUCAGAGCCGGAGUGGGCGUCUCUCCCGGUGGGCGUGCUCGUGUGUCAGGCGUGUUCUCUGCUGCACCGGAGCAUCCCUCACAUCACCCGGGUCAAGUCUGUGCAGGACACGUGGGAGCCCAGCGAAGUGGAGCUACUGGCGGCGAUGGGAAACAAUGCAGCCAAGGCCAAGUACGAGCAGAAGGUGCCCCCGUUUUACUACAGACCCACGCACUCCGACUGCAAGCUGCUGAGGGAGCAGUGGAUCCGCGCCAAGUACGAGAGAAAUGAGUUUGAAAUCAUCGAGAAGCAGGAGCCGUACUCUGCAGGUUACAGAGAGGGGUUCCUAUGGAAACGGGGCAGAGACAACGGCCAGUUCCUCAGCCGAAAGUUCAUCCUUUCCGAGAGGGAGGGGGCGCUCAAGUACUUCAACAAGCAGGAUGCCCGAGAGCCCAAAGCGGUGAUGAAGAUCGAGACUCUGAAUGCCACGUUCCAACCGGCGAAGAUCGGGAACCCGUGCGGUCUACAGAUCACCUACCUGAAGGACAACAGCACACGGAACAUCUUCGUGUACCACAGCGACGCUAAGGAAAUGGUUGACUGGUUCAACGCUAUCCGAGCAGCGCGCUUCCACUACCUGCAGGUGGCGUUCCCCGGAGCGAGUGAUGAGGAGCUGGUGCCCAAACUGACCCGAAACUUCAUGAAGGAGGGGUUCAUGGAGAAGACUGGCCCUAAGCACACGGAGGGCUUCAAGAAGAGAUGGUUUACAAUGGACGACAGGAGGCUCAUGUAUUUCAAAGAUCCUCUGGACGCCUACGCCAGAGGAGAGGUGUUCAUUGGGAGUAAAGAGAACAGCUACACGGUUCUCCCCGGCCUGCCCCCCUCCACCCAGGGCUACCACUGGAACCACGGCAUCACCAUAGUAACGCCCGAGCGCAAGUUCCUGUUCGCCUGCGAGACCGAGGCCGAGCAGCGCGAUUGGAUAGCGGCCUUCCAGAGGGUCAUCAACCGACCAAUGAGGCCACAGGAGUACGCAGUGGAAGCCCAUUUCAAACACAAACCCUGACAGUGGAAGAUGUGUUGAACUCACCUGGACUUACCUCCUGGAAGUGACUGUGAACGGACAUUCUGAAAACGACACACUUUUGCGAGGAGAUUCCAAACAGACUUAUAUGUGAAAACUACACUAGACAGCUGGACGCCCCGGCUUCCCUCCAGACGACGCGCUGAAAAAGAUGUCAUAACUUCCAAUAUCGUGCUCACCGUACCAAAUCUCUCUCUCCAAGUGAACUUUUUUCCCUGGAUUUUGUCUUGUUCUUCCUGUAAUCUAUGUAAUUAUGUAAUGUAGAGUCACAUCACUGGUUCCUGAGCAGCGAUUUAAAGGCGAUUUAUUAUUAUUUAUUGAAUGUACAGUUUGGGGACAGUUCAUGUGCGUGUGCGGUGUUUACUUUAUGAACGCUGUGGGGCGGAAACCUUUGGCACAACUCAAAACGUAUCUACAAAGUGCUGUUAAAUUGUCAAAUAUGCAUAAAUGUGAACUUAAAGGAGAUCUAUUAUGCAAAACAGGCUUUAUUAAGCUUUGAAUACUAUUUAAUAUUCUUUUAUCAUGGUGCUCUGAUUUUAUAAAGAGGAAACUGAAUUAAAGUGACAGGUUAGACUACUAGACAUUUCUCUUAAAAACUUAACAUAAUGAUAAUUUAUUAAGAUCUAAAGAGUCUAAAUUAUGUUAUAAUUAUGAUUAGACUAAUACAUAGAAAUGACAACGCCUUUGUUUUGUUUAGUUUAAGUUCAAACUGUCAGGAAAAAAAUAGAAUUUUCAAUGAGGGAUUUUGUUUUAGAACUGAAUGCUACUUCUUGUAUUUUUGCAAUUUUCUUCUCAAUUCUUUCCCAUAAGCUGUCUUUUCAAACUGUGGUGUAAAACUAUGAUUAAUAUUUACCAAAAGUACUACAUGUUAGGGAAAAUAAGUGUUGUCCUAAUAAGUCCUAGAGUUGGACAGAGAGGCGGGAGACUCUGGAUGUCUGAGGCAGGAGAGGUUUAUUUAAUUUCAAUCCUGACUCCGCAAAAAAGAGGUUUAAAUAGGAGCUAAGAAGGGCAGCGUGGAGACCAGUUGGUCGAGAUAAAAUGUGAAGAGUGCAGGAAACAGCUUCUGUGAGAUGAGAUGACCAAGGAAACUGAAGAACCAGGACAGAGAAAUGUUAAAGGGAUAGUU